CCAAAUUCCUUCCAUUAGGUUUUUUUUCUUGCUUUUCUCUAAGUACAUAAUUCCUAUCUCAUGUCUCUGCUUCUUAGCCGUCUCUCUAGGAUCCGCCCAGGGAAAUAUGCGUCCGUGAGAUCAUCUCUUCUUCUUAUUCUCUCUAAUGGCUUCUCAACUUCCUUGCUGCAAACUCCUCCUUGUUCCAUCAUCCGCGCUAUUCCUUGUGGAGGGGGUCUGGGUAAACUCAUCGUUAGCUAUGCUAAUGACGGUGGUAUCACUAGUUUGGAAAAGAAGGUUCCCCUGGAGUUGAUAAUGAAGAGAGUUACCAAAGAGAUGGUAACGAUCGGAGCAUCUCAUGGGUGGAUAGCUACUUUCGAUAUGGAAGACGAAGUUCUGCGACUACAAGACGAUCUAAACCCUGCUGCAUCGGAUACACAUCCGAAACGUAUUCCCCUGCCUUAUCUUGUUACUCUGCCUCAUUGCCAAACCGAGAUUAUCACCAACGUGUCAAUGUCCAAACCUUCUCCAGAGGAUGAAGACUGUAUUGUUGCUGUCAAGUUCUUUGGACCUCAGCUCAGCUUUUGCAAACCCUCUCAAAGUAAACCCAAGUGGCACAACAUAAGCUUCGAUAACCGUUGUUUUUACUCCUCCCGUAUCAUCUUUUCCAAGAAAGACAACAUGUUUCGUAUGCUCGGAUCUGGAGGCCAUCUAAUCGCAUCAUGGGAUCUCCGUGAACACGAGCGCAAACCCAUGCUUCAGAAGGUGCGUUAUCAAAACCUUUCCGAGCUGACAGAGACCAAACGGGAGCAUCUGUAUUCGUGCUUCACAAGCGACCACUUGGUGGAGUCAGAAUCCACGGGUGAAACUUUCUUGGUGAAAUGGUACCAGAAGACUGCUCAGAUCGUCGACGGUGUUGCGAAAAUGAAAACAGAAGAUGUAUUAGUGUUCAAGCUUGACGAAGAAGGAAACGCGGUUUACACUAAUGACAUUGGAGAUCUCUGCAUGUUCCUCUCAAAAUCUGAACCUUUCUGUGUCCCUUCUGCUUCUUUUCCUGGCAUGGGCAGAAACAACGUCCUAAUUUGGGAUGUGGACGGAGACACAUUUUUGCAUCUGGAUGAUUCCUACCCCAUCAUUACUCAUAUUGGCGAACUCUCGGCUCCUUUCCACAUUCCACCUCAAAAUGUAAACUAG